UGUUUAUACCUCGGACGACAGGAAAAGGACUCCCCAAAGAGGAACUCUAAGGGCAAAUCCAACCACUUGGCCACUGAAGGCACGCCACAUCGUGUGCGCUGUGUUUUAUUAUUUUUUUUCCCCGGCAGCAGUGCGCGCCUUGUAAACAAAAAUAACUCUGCUGCCAGCGAGAGGGUGGUUUCAACCCCCCAAAACCGCCCCAACAAAGCCAACUACAAAGCUUCGGACUCCCGGCUGCGGACAAGGGCACUCCCGUCUGUCCUGGCUGGCAACUUUUUUUGGGGUUGCAGACGACGACGACGGUUGGCAAACAAGCUGCGAAUGCGACUUUAAAUGUCCAUAAACAUUCAGUGCAAAUAAAAUAAGACCGAGUACCUCUCGUAUCUCGUAUCUCGUAUCUCGUUCUGCAAGUUUAUAGUGUAUCUCGUGCAACGAAAAUGAGCGAAUCCGGCGGCUAUCAGAAGCUGCCGCCCGGCUGGGACUGCAAAUAUGAUCAGGCGACGGGCAAUUGCUAUUACAUAAACUACCUGACCAAGGCCAUGCAGCUGGAGGAUCCGCGCGGACGCAGUUACAGGCAGCUACAGAACGAGCGCUGCUCCACGGAGUCGAUAGCCUUGCAGCAGAUGGUCAGUCAGGCGCAGACCUCGCACAACAGCUCGCCGUACCACGUCCAUCCCAGCAACAAUUUGACGGCAAUUCGGGCCUUUCAGGAGCGACAGCAGCCCACGCUGCACAACAUCUCGACCAGUCCGCUGCUCUCGGCCUCCUCCAGGGGACACUUGGAAAUGUCCUCACCCUUGCCCUUUCAACGGACUCGCUUAGGUCCGAAUCUCUCGAGGCGCUCUACUAUUCAGGAGACAUCGUUUACCAACCAGGUGGAAACGGAUGCGGUGGUGACCAAGAUCCAGAACAUGUUCCCCACGGCGGGCGAACACCACAUCCGCCUGCUGUUGAAGCGCUACUAUAACAGCGAGGCCGUCGUCAUCAGCGCCCUGCAGGUGGAGAAGCACCCGGUGACCAUGCCCGGUCCCUUUGUGACGCCACCCUCGCAGCGGCACUUGUUCCACAGCAGGUCCGCCUUCUACAUGACACCACCGGCGCGUCGUCCGGACACGGCGGCUAGUCGCUGCACCUCGCGCACGGCCAGCCCCCUGCCCGGCGGACGUUUCGGUAGUCUCGUGAGCGUGCAGAGCGGUCCUGGCGGCCCCGGCGGUCACCAGGUGCACCAGGUGCUGCCCCCGGGGUCAGCUGUGCCGCCGGCUCUGCACGGAUCGCCGCAAUGGCGUAGCUCGCCCAGGCCGCACUCGUCGCCCAAGAUGAAAUUGAGAUAUAUGAAGAACAUCUUUCCUAAGGCGGAUGAGGAGCUCCUCCUGGAUAUCCUGGCUAAUGCGGACAACAACGUUCAGUUCGCCUCGGAGAAGUUAAUUUCCCUGGGCUACACAAAACGCGAAAUGCAGCAGCCACACAGACCUAACAAUCGGCCACCUGAGUUGGCCCAGGAUCAGCAGGCUGGCAGUGAUCAGGGCACAAAGCACAUCCCACUGCGUCCUAAAGAAUACACCGAGGAGGAGAAGACCAAAAUGCAAACGUUGCUCAAGGAGAAGUAUCCACAGAUUGCGGAGCGCAUUAUCUUGAUGGCCCUGGAGUCGGUUAACUACGCCGAGGACCGAGCCACACAAAUCCUGCAGAUCGUGCAGGACGAGGAUGAGCAGAGGGUCCAGAAGCAGGCUCCAUCGAAUCCCAAGCAUCUGGAGCUAACCAGGACUACGGCAGACGAACAGGUGGACGGUCUGAGGACCGACGACAGCCUGCUCACCGUGGUGGUGGAGACCAAGCCUGCCUCCUCAUCUGCAUCUAAAUCGAAGCCACCUCACAAGCGUCACAUACUGCCAUCCAUUAAUGUCACCACACCGUCGACGGCCACUACCCAGAUCAUUCUGGCCCCGGUCACUCCGAUGGCCACUCCCACAGUGGAGGAGCAGGCCGAGCCGCCGCAUGUAUCAUCCAUUUCAAGCGCAUCAUCAUCGCAUUCUUAUGCCUCACCCGCACAGUCACCCUGCACGGGCAUCCUGCAGCAGGGCUACGAGCGCCUGACCACCAAGGGCAUCCUGGCCAGAGGCACCACUGGCGCCGGCGAAUCGAACACGCACAGCUACAGAAACAACUACAGCAUCAGCGGCUACCUGCAUGGCUCCACGAAUGCUAGUGCUAGCUCCUACUCCUCCUACUCCGCAUCAAUGACGUCCUCAUCGCUGGCCUCGGCCAGCUCGGCCCAGUCCAACACCUCAUCCAUUGUGAGGGCAUUUGAAAGUCGGGCACGCGCCAAAACAGACUCACUGAAAAUAAAGCAGCACUCCUCAGGCUUUGGCAACUCCCACAAUUCGGAAUCGGCGGAAUUCCAGUCUAUAAUCGAACGAAUGGCCAGUUUGGGACCAAAUGCCCAGCUAACAAAAGGAGCGGAUGAAAAUCUUUUACUAGCGGAUUAUGUGACCUGGAAUGGUCCAAAUACCACUCUAUUGCAGAAGCACUCCACCCACGGAUCAGAUGCUGGUCUUUUGGCAGAUCGCGGCUACAAGCCAACUGGCAGGAACACGGAACUGUGCAAAGGAGCCCAGGCUGGACUGGCCAAGGGCAGCAUCUAUGCCCGGGGCAGCAACAAGAGCCCCAACAUCAAAUGCAACUAGGCGGGAUUAUCCAAAUUAGAGUCUCCGCUUGAGUGCCAAAGAGAGGAGAUGAAUCUUAGAGGCGACUAGCCAGGCACAACCCUCCAGAAAUCCAGACUUACCACUAACAUAUGUGUCAUUAGAUGUAUUUU